AUGACUGUUUUAUUUAAAAUUUGUGCCCUGGUACACAUCAUAAACACGGCAAAGUUCACAAGCGGUUUCUAUACAAAUACACGGUUGUUUGCAAACAAAGACACGAUAGAUAAGGUUGUGGCAAUCGUAUCUGAGAAGUUUGGCAAGAAUAAAGGAGAUAUUGACACACAGUCCAACUUUCUCAAGGAUUUUGGAGCGGAUAAUCUAGAUGAAGUUGAGUUACUAAUCGCUUUGGAGGAGGAGUUUGACCUGAAUAUCCCAGACUUCGAAUUCAACAAACUCAAUUCUGUAAUUUCAAUUGCAGACUAUAUUGAACACAAGAUCAAGCAUAGUAUACCUCCUGUGGACCCUUGA